UUUCAAGAUAAAUAAAUAUAUUAGUUAAAUUAUUUAGUUAAUAUUUAGUUUGAGAUUAUCUAUUUUGUACAGAUCAUCAGUAAAAUGGCUUAUUUGUCUCAUGCAGCAUCAUUAUCAGUACUGAACAAUGAUGAGAUUCAGUUUCAUCUCCUCUCUCCUGGUUUCAUUAGUAAAAGAAAAGAAGUCCAUGCUGUUUCUAGAGUAAGCUCCUCCCACUCGCAGCGCUGCAUGUGAAGCUCAAACUCCUGAGAAGAGUAGAAGUGAGGAGAGAGGGAGGGUGAACUGGAGCCUCUGAGGGACUCACAUCACGCAACACCGUGUGUUUGCUCAUAUCUGAGGAGACAGACAGCUUCUGUAGAUUUCCUUCGCAUGCUCAGCUCAGCUAUUGGGUCACAGUGGGACAGCAGUGAUGGAUUUCUCUGUCAGUGAAUGGACUGUCCGCUGGAGGCUUUGCUGCUGGCUUUAAGACCGUCUAUGGAGUUAUGCACUCUUCUGACAAGUGAUAAUAAUCGAUUAUUGAUGACUAUUAUCUUCCCAUAGUAACGAUGACGCGGUGAGUCCCGGUCAUUUGAUGGACUUGCCACAUGCGGGGUCCUUCGCUUCACUUCAGUGCUGAAUGAGGAGUGAAGGAUGCUGGAGUCGCUCAGAUUUCACCCGUGGCCUUUCGUCUUCGCUCACUGUUUGCUCUCGGCGUGUCUUCUCUCCUCUCAGGCGGAGCUCCAGUCGUUUUGCUCACAGCAUGACAUUAACACGGGAGGUGAAGGUCGCCAGCUGUUGUGCCACCGUCGGCCGUACCCGCCUCUGCCUCCUCCUCCCCCCUCCUCCUCCACCGCCUGCGCUGCUCUCUAUGGCACCUGAGGCUUCUGCUCCUCUGCUGGGCUCCUGGUGGAUGGAGAUCAUCGUGGUUGGGACGACAGGAAGUGCUUUGGCUGUCUUCCUUUUGCUAACUGUCAUUAUCUUCUACAAGGCCAUAAAGAGGAAACCACUGAAGAACAAGAAGAAUGGUACAGGUUGUGGAGAAGAUGCCACGAGCUCUUUGAAAAAGACCAAUAAUGCUGCAGUAUAACUUUCACGACAGUGUGUGAAACCCAAAGGAAAUAUUUCCAGCCAAUGUCGAUGAGGUCAGAAUGAUGCAAACUGAUCCAGAGCCCCUCCGGAUGCAAUCUGAAAUUGAAGAUCGAGCUGCUGCUUGAUGUGUUUCUUUCUCAGAGAUGGAAAUCAAUGACAUUCGCAUGCUAGUUUGGUAAAAACCCAGUUACUGACAAAUGUCUGAAUUGAUUUCUUAUAUUCAUUCGCUUUAUGUUAACAUGUUGUGUGUUUUAAAGACUUAUUUGACACAAUGUUUUAUGCAACUUGAUCUGGAAAUCCACAUCAUGGAAGGAGGGGAGUGUAAUGUUGAUGCAUGAUGUGAUGCACAUGACGGAGGUCAGCUGUGUUCACCGGUCACCGCCCUUCAGCUCCUGAUGCUUUGAGAUUUCCAGUCUGUUAUCUCCCUCAAGGGUAGAACACUAAAUGCACGACUAAUAUACCAUGUAAAUUAUAGUAAUUGAAGGCACAAUGGACAUUUGAACAGACCAAAAGCACUUGGCUGUGCUUUGAUUACAUAUUAAUUUCCAUCUGUAAAACAGCGGCCGUGUUUCUCCAGUGUUCUGAGUUCAUGAAUGAUGCCCUUAUAAGGGUGGGAGGAGUCAAUAUGACCCAUGAAGGUCAUAAUUAAGAUAAUUAGCGAUGUUGUUGACCUUGCUGAUGUUCUCUGUGCCAGACAGCGUGACUUGUAUACAUUAGAGCAGAGGAUUUGGAUUUGUUAUUCUUGUGUCUGUGCAACUGCCCUUCUCAAAAAAGUGCCCUAAAAAAUUCAAGAAUAUAUUCCCAGCAGGCAGUCAACAUGAAUUAUAUGUAUAAAAUGGUAUAUAAAUGAUGCAUGAAUGUAAAUACUGAGAAAAAAAAAACGCCUUCAUGACUGUUAAUCACUCAUAUAGAGCACUUGCAUAUGUUUUUACAUAGUAGGAAAUAUAAUUUUGUGUCAUCUGUGAAAGGCUCUAGGUUGGUUAAUGGAAAUGAAAGAAGUUACAAUAUUGAACACCAUAUCCAACAAUUUUCUAAAUCGACUUGUUAGUGGGAAGCCUAAAUGACUAGGAAGCUUGUAUACACAUAGGUUAGGGUCUCAAUUUUCACAAGAUACUGAAAACUGUGAGUUGUGGCAUAAUUGACCCUUCGCAAAGACCCGCCCCCCUUAGUUACUUUGUCCGACAAGCCAUGGCGGUGUCACGCCACACAGAGUGAAAAAUACAUCGCGGAGCAAAGAGGACAACACGUCGACAGACAAGACAGAGCAGGUUACUUAUGAUAUUAAACAAAGUCCCAGCUUUCAAAUUGUGUAGUUUUUUUUAAAGAAAUUAAAGAGUCACAAAAGGUUUUUAUUGUUCUAAUGUGUCGUGACAGAUCGCUGUAGCGCCUCAGCUCAAGUGGUUCAUUAACCGAUCAUCUCUUCCUACUAGUUAAUUUAUAGCAUCAAAUAAACAUGAAUGAACAUCAGAAGGA